AAUAUUCUAAGUAUGACUGCUAUAAACAACAAUUACACUGAUCCAAACAAUUUGAUGUUUGAAGAAAUCAAGAUAUUUGGAUCGCUUCAGGAAAUAACGGCAGUUACUGUAUCUCAGAACAAUGUUGUGGAAAAUUCUCCACAUAAUAUCACCUAUUAUCCUUCAGAAAAGGUUGCUCAUAUAACAGGACUUCAGCUUGAACUAGGAAAAUCUUACACAGUAGAAUGGACUCAACAACCGAGUGUCAAUGAAAGGUUUGAUUGUUAUCCCAGUCCCAAUCCAACACAAGAAAGAUGUGAACAACUUGGCUGUGUCUGGGAUGCAACAUCAGACCCAGAUAUUCCAUCCUGCUAUUACAGCUCUGACAAUGCUUAUUCUAUAGACCAAAUAGAAUACACCUCAUCAGGUUUGGCAGCCAACCUCAUCUUAAACAGUGCCAACACCAAAGCUAAUGAGGAAUACACUACCCCAAUUAGUACACUACGAUUGGAGGUGAAAUAUCAUCUCAACCACAUGCUGCAAUUUAAGAUCUAUGAUUAUCAAAACGCACGAUAUGAGGUUCCAGUACCACUAGAUCUCCCGAGCUCCCCAACAAGCACGGAUGAGGAACGACUCUAUGAAGUAUCAGUUCAGAAAAAACCAUUUGGUAUACAAGUUCGUCGCAAAAGUACAGGAAGACUCAUCUGGGAUUCGCAGCUACCCACCUUCACGUUCAGUGACAUGUUCAUUCAGAUUUCUACCCGUUUAGCAUCCCAAUAUAUAUAUGGAUUUGGAGAAACUGAACACACCAUGUUUCGACGUAACAUGAGCUGGCACACCUGGGGAAUGUUCACAAGGGAUCAGCCUCCUACUUACAAGUUGAAUUCCUAUGGUUAUCAGCCAUUUUACAUGGCUCUUGAAGAAGAUAGCAAUGCCCAUGGAGUUCUUUUGCUUAACAGCAAUGCAAUGGAUGUGACAUUCCAGCCAACACCUGCCCUGACAUACCGCACCAUAGGAGGAAUCCUUGACUUCUACAUGUUUUUGGGCCCAACUCCAGAACUUGUUGUCCAGGAAUACACUGCAGUGAUUGGACGACCAGUCAUGCCACCCUACUGGUCUUUGGGAUUCCAGUUGUGCCGCUAUGGGUACAGGAAUGACUCAGAAAUUGCCCAGCUGGUGGAGGAGAUGAAGGCAGCUAGGAUUCCCUAUGAUGUCCAAUAUGCAGAUAUUGACUAUAUGGAAAGGCAACUGGACUUCACCAUUGGCACACGCUUUGCUGGAUUACCAGCUCUGGUUAACAAAAUAAAAGAAGAAGGAAUGAGAUUUAUCAUUAUCCUGGAUCCAACCAUAUCUGGAAAUGAAACCAAUUAUCCUACCUUCUCCAGAGGUGUGCAGGAAGAUGUCUUCAUAAAAUGGCCCAAUACCGAUGACAUUAUAUAUUCCAAGGUCUGGCCAUUUCUUCCUGAUGUGGAAGUCAAUGAGUCACUGCCUGAGCAAACCCAAAUACAGCUCUAUGGAGCACAUGCUGCUUUCCCAGACUUCUUGCGCAAUUCCACAGCAGAGUGGUGGAAGAGAGAAAUCCUGGAGUUCUACAACAAUCCCACCAACGCCUCAAGAAGCGUCAAGUUUGAUGGCUUGUGGAUUGACAUGAAUGAACCAGCAACUUUUCUGAAUGGUGCCAUUGGCGGAUGUAGAAAUGAGCUCUUGAAUAUGCCACCAUAUGUGCCUCAUUUGGGAUAUCGGUCAGAUGGUUUAAUUGUCAAAACUCCAUGCAUGGAAGGUCAACAAUAUCUUCCAGACGGUACCCCAGUUAGACACUACGAUGUCCACUGUCUUUAUGGAUGGUCACAAACAAAACCUACCCUAGAAGGUUUGCAGAGUGCCACCAAGGAGCGUGGGAUCGUUAUCACCCGUUCCACAUAUCCCACCAGUGGAAGAUGGGCAGGACACUGGCUUGGUGAUAAUACUGCAGCUUGGGAUCAGCUAACUAAAUCUGUUAUUGGUAUGAUGGAGUUCAGUCUCUUUGGAAUAUCUUAUACAGGAGCCGAUAUCUGUGGCUUCUUCAGACACUCUGAGUAUGAGCUGUGUAUUCGCUGGAUGGAACUAGGUGCAUUCUACCCAUAUUCAAGGAAUCACAAUGAGAAAGGAACAAAG